UCCUGUGUGUCUCCUCUCUCUGCUCCUCCGCGGGCGGACACACUCUCCUCCCUCCGGUCUCCUCCGGUCUCAGCGACCUCCGCAGCGAGCAGCGACCACCGGGACGACCUGCCCUCGGUGUCCGGCACACAGCGCAUCCCGCCGGGGGGAGUCCGCCUGAGGAGCCGGUGUCUGUGUGGUUGUCCUGCUGCGGCUCCGGAUGGAUUUCACUUAAAAACAGAGAGAAUGAGCUCUGCGGUGCUAAUGCUAAUUAGCCUGUGUGCUAACCGGGUCGGAUACAGAAGUUAAAGACUGUCGGUGUCUGUCGGUUGUCUGUCGGUUGUCUGUCGCUGUCUAAAGCUAGUUCGGUUCACUCACUCAGAGCUAAACGGGCUAAUUAACAGAGGAGCUAGCAUCAGCUAAAAGUGGACUUCAAAGGUUCCGAACUGGUUCUGUGUCUGUAGCAGGUCUCACUUUAAAUUAGUAAGUUUUUGAAUGUAGUUUGGUUUACAGAGAAGGUUGAAGUGUAGUUUAAAACUAAAUGUAGACUUGUUUGGUUACUAAAAGUAGACCGGGUUGUUGUGUGUACUGGGUCUAACUGGGUCUAAUGGGGUCUAAUGGGGUCUAGAGGAAGGUAGUCCUGGAUUAAAGCUCAGUUCUGGAUCACAAGUGACCUUUUUGUGUGUUUCUAGCAGGUUUGAGUUGAGUUUGUUUCAGUAGGUUUGUGAAUGUAGUUUGGUUUACAGAGAGUCUGUUUCUGCUUUUAGUCCUGGUCUGAAACCUGAACUGGUUCUGGGUUGUGUACUAGGUUUACUGGGGGUCUAGAAGUACGUAGACCCGGGUUAAGUGUCCUUAUCUGUGUCUGGAUUUGGUUUGGACUUCUGUUAAAGGGCGUUUAACUGGGUCCACAUACAGAACUCCACCAGACUGAAGUCCUGGACUGGCGAACUAGUCCAGUGUAAAACCAGGUUGUAGUCUGUCCCAGUUCUGGAGGGGUCCGGGAGCAGGUAGUCCCUGGUUUAGGAUCAGUCUGGUUUUAAAUGUAGUCAGUGGUCCUGGUGUUGUUGGUGCUGGUUCUGCAGUCUGUGGUUCUGGAUGCAGUCGGUCCAGGUCUAGGUGGGUUUGGUCCAGGUUUAGCUCAUGAUGGCAGAGCUCCACCAGACUCCCACCUCGCUGUGCUGCUGCCGUAAAUCCCUGCCGGUCUCUGGGGCCCGCUGUGUCGGGGACUCGGGCCGGCCCUCGGCGAGCCCGGGUCCCGGGUCCCCGCUGUGCCCCCUGGUGGACGUGGCCUCGGCAUCUAACUUCCGCUGCUUCCAGCUGCGACACUUCCACCUGGACCUGCGGCUCAACUUCGCCGUAAAGGAGAUGAGCGGCUGGUUGGUUCUGGACUUGGUCCCGGUCCAGCCGGGGGUCCAGAUCCUGGUGCUGGACUCCCACCCGUCCCUCCUCAUCCACUCCAUAGACUGUAAGGUCCCCGGGUCCGGACAGGAGGAGCCUGUCUCCCUCACGUACCGGGUGGACCCGUUCACCGACUACGGCUCGUCACUGAACGUCAGUCUGCCGACGGCGGCACUGAAACCGGGUCGACUGAUCCAGAUCACGAUCCGCUACACCACCACAGACGGACCGGCGAUCUGGUGGUUGGACUCUGAGCUGACCUGUGGUCAGUCUCGUCCUCUGGUCUUCACUCAGGGUCACUCAGUGUGUAAUCGUUCCUUCUUCCCGAGCUUCGACACUCCGGCUGUGAAGAGCACGUACACCGCCACCGUCAGGGUUCCAGACGGGGUGACGGUUCUGAUGAGUGCGUCUCGGAGCUCGUACUCCAAACAGGACCGCGUCUUCCAGUUCUCCAUGGAGUUUCCUGUCCCAUCCUACCUGGUGGCGCUGGUGGCCGGAGACCUGCAGCACGUCGACGUUGGCCCGCGGAGUCGUGUGUGGGCGGAACCCUGUCUGCUGUCAUGUGCGGUGAAGAAGCUUGGCGGCAGCGUGGAGCGCUGGCUGGCGGUGGCGGAGCAACUGUUCGGCCCGUACCUGUGGGGCAGGUGUGACAUCGUCUUCCUCCCCCCCUCCUUCCCCAUCGUUGCCAUGGAGAACCCCUGCCUCACCUUCAUCAUCGCCUCCAUCCUGGAGAGCAGCGAGUUCCUCCUCAUCGACGUCAUCCACGAAAUCUCACACGGCUGGUUCGGCAACGCCGUCACCAACGCCACCUGGGAGGAGAUGUGGCUGAGCGAGGGGCUAGCUACCUACGCCCAGCGCCGGAUCACCACAGAGGCCUACGGUGAGGCGUUCACCUGUCUGGAAACUGCCGUCCGAUUGGACGCCCUCCACAGACAGCUGCGUCUCCUUGGAGACAACAACCCUGUGAGCAAACUGCAGGUCAAAUUUGAGCCAGGUGUGAACCCCAGCUCUCUCAUGAACCUGUUCACCUACGAGAAAGGUUUCUGCUUCGUGUCCUACCUGUCGGAGAUCUGUGGAGACGUCAGACGCUUCGACUGCUUCCUCAGGGAUUAUAUCUCAGAGUUUAAGUUUAAGAGUGUGGUGGCUCAGGACCUCAUCGACUACUUCCUCGGUUAUUUCCCGGAGCUGAAGGACGCCGCCAUCGCCCAGAGAGAGGGUCUGGAGUUUGAGCGCUGGUUGAGCGGCUGUGGACCCCCGCUGUAUGAGCCCGAUCUGUCUGCGGGGGGCGCUCUGACCCGACCUGUUCAGGAUCUCUGUGACCUGUGGAGGAGCAGCGACCCCCCUGACCUGAAGACCGUGGCGACCUUUGACCUCUCGGCCUGGAGCACCUUUCAGAUCGUCCUGUUCCUCGACCGCAUGCUCGACCUCUCCCCUCUGCCGCACGACGUGAUGGCCGGUCUGUCUGGUUGUUACUCGUCCCUGUUUGAUGGUCUGAAUGCUGAGGUUCAGAUCCGCUGGCUGCAGAUGGUUGUGAGGAACAGUUUCUACCCCGAACUGCCUCGUGUCCGAGCCUUCCUCCACAAACACACGUCCAGGAUGUACACCAUGCCGCUGUACGACGACCUGGUUGCCGGGGUGAUGAAGUGCUUCGCCGUGGAGAUCUUCAACCAGACUCAGCGCCGCCUGCAUCCCAACCUCAGACGAACGUUACAGCAGAUCCUGUUUCAGAGCGCCGCCGCCCCGACCAAUCAGAACGGCUCUGCUCUGUCCAUCCUGCCCCCCUCUCCCUCCACCUCCCCACAGCCACAGCCCGCCACCACGCCAUCCGCCUCCUCCGCCGCCACAGCUGCUGCUGGGACGACCGCUGCCAUCGCUCUGCGGGACGUCAACGUCUCUGCGUGAAGUGACAGUCAGGUCGUGGUGGCUGUGACGAUUGGUCGCGGUGGAAGCGUGGAUGCUGUUGUUGUGAUGAUGUAAGCUGUUGCCAUGGCGACGGCUCCAGCCGACUCAGAACUACAGUCACUAAAAGGUUGAACACUGUAAUGAAGAAAACUCCGUACGACAGGAAGUUCACUCCAGGUCGCGGCAGGAAGUUGAUUCUGACAGGGGUUAAAGGUCACCGCUCAGGGCUGCUGCUGGAUGAUGACUCAUCAUCAUGUGACUUCCACGUGAGACCCCUCAGACUGCGAUCAGCAGCCCUGAGACGUCUCCUCUGAUUGGGCGUCGGCGAUGCCGGAGUCCCCUGAAGAUUUACACAUUUUUACUCCUCGGUGCAAUUUAACUGAUAACUUGAAGUAAGGGUUAGGGUUAGGGUCUUUGUUUUUUCAUCAUCAUCAUCAUCAUCAUCAUCAUCAUCCUCUCUGAGAUUUAACAGUUGAUUUAUUGAUCGUCUUGAUUGAUCACAACCUGGAGGCUCAUUUCUGCCACUAAAGGUUCAAAAAAGUUCAAACUAGAAGUUAAUUAGUAUAAUAAUAAUAUUCAGAUUAUUAAAGUCGCUGUGUGAGGAUGUUUUUGAAUAUUUGGACGUUCAGUGAACACUCUGGUUUUCAUUGAUUGCUGAUUAAAAGUGUCAGAAAAUAACUGAACUGUUGAUCAGAAAACUGUCAUCAGAAGAGUUUCCAGCUAAUCACUAAUGAAUGAGUCUGUCGGAUAUUCAACGCUCCAACGUGGGAUGUUGAUGUUAAAUGAGUGUCACAUAACGAGGUAAAAAGCUCUAAAUUCAGACCCUGAAUGUUUCCAACCUCUUUUUCUACUUUAUGUGACAAACAGCCGACGUCAGCUCGUCACCUCGAGAACAAUCAACGGAUCAACAUGAUGCUGAAAUAACGACAUCAUGACGAGCAAACUUUUUUUUCUGCUUUUUCCUCUGAUGUCUGCAGCUUCUCUGCCUCCACUCUCAGGGCUUUUCAGAGUUUACUGACAGACAUAUACUUGUAUCUAUUAGCUUACCGCUAACUGCUGCUAACAGACAGGGAGAUUGAGGAAACAGCGCUCCUGGUGGUCAAUAAGUCCUGGUGGUCAAUAAGUCCUGGUGGUCAAUAAGUCCUGGUGGUCAAUAGGUCCUGGUGGUCAAUAAGUCCUGGUGGUCAAUAGGUCCUGGUGGUCAAUAAGUUCUAUACUACAGAUGUAACGUUCAAUACAGACACUGCCUCAGUGAUCUGACUGGUUUCAUGUAAAUCUACUCUAAAGCUAUUCUAAAGCUACUCUAAACUCUCAGACUGAGAAUGUUGAAGACACAUUGGAAACAUUCAGUGAGUUUCUGUCUGACAGAAAUGUUCUUUAAAGCCGGCGACUUUCACUUUUACUUCCUGUUGUGUGAAACUCAUUUAGAUUUUUAUGGUAAUCAUGUCUCGUUUUUAUUUCCUGUGUCACUGUGAUCACUUCCUGGCAGAAAUCAUUGUGUGAUUUUGAACGGCGUUUGUCGUCGUCUUUAAUAACUCGUAGCUGAAAUGAACUCUACCUCCUGAUUCUAACAAACCUGCAGACGACGACUCGGGGCGACGCUUUCACACCAGCAGCCUUCCACCUGAGUGGCCUUAAUGCUGCGUUCACUGUAGCUGGGAACUGAGAGCUUUCUGCUUCACCUCCAUCCCUUUAACGUUGAUUCUGUCUGUUUCUCCUUCAACCAGCUGCAAUAAAAAUCUCCCUUUAACUGACGAUCACUGAUUCUAUAUUCUAUAAUUAUGGGACAGAAAACACCAACAGAGACUGAUGCUGAGAAGAAUCAAUAAUUCCUGAUCAGUACGUUCUACUGAUCAAUAUUUAAGUUAAUUUUUUGUUUUUUUUAACUGAUUUGAAGCUGAAUCGUCCCACUGUUCCCAGCUGUCAGUGAACGCCUCCUCACAUAAUGAAUGUUUGAUGAGAAAUGAAUAAACGAUUGAGACUCCA